UUUUGAACCUGUCAAAGAGCCUAGGACCAGGAGGGAUCUAAUGGAAGACAUUAUCUUUAAUCGAAGAUCUCAACCGUUUGAACUUUCAAGGAUUUUAUACAGUAAUAUUGGAAAAGAAUGACGAAUUGAUCUCAGCCGCUUCCGUGAGGAUAUAUGGCAAAACAGUUGCAGAAGUCCCUUGGUCGCCACACGGUUUCAAUAUCGUCGACUUGGGAUGUGUAGAAUUCUGAUGAAUGAACUUGAGAAGCAACUCGCACAAUUGGGAGUCGAGAGGCUUCUUUUGCCUGCUGUUCCUAGUGUUUUGAACACUUGGAUCUCUUCAUUUGGGUUCUCCAUGAUGGAUGAAUCAGAGAGAUUAAAUUUUCUGGUCUAUACUUUCCUCGACUUCCAGGGUACGAUAUUUUGCCAGAAAAUGUUGAAGAGUGAUCUACCUGCAGAAAACCAAACAACUGGUUGUGACCAUGUAGAUAACAAUGCCGACAUUGGGGUUGGUGGAAUCAGCCCUGUAUCUGAAGUUCUGGAAGGGAAACAAGUAGUGGAGACUGACAUCAUGGAGCAGGAAUCGCAACAAAACCAAUGGCCUACAAUGGCAAUGCCGGUUGCUCCUCUGCUGAAAAAGCCAUUGCGGUGGUGA